AUGGAGCGAGGCGAAACCUCUCUAAUAUCAUCAGGAGAGUCCCUAUUAACCGAGUCCCUCAAAAGCCGGGAAGCAAGCAAAUAUACCCCUAGAUCGGCGGGAUCGGUGCAACGACCCCAACGGUCCGAAGACGUGCUUGAGCUAGUCCGAUUUUUCACCGACUGCGACGGAUCUUACCCGGAAGGCGACUUCAUGGGGUUUGGAAACGGCACUGUUUCUGACUUCUGGGUCAGCAAAGAUGCUCCAAAGGCAAAGAAAUGGAAAUCCCAAGAAGAUCUUUCUCGUCUGAAAGGAUGGCAAAAGCCCGGCUUGAAAUGGAGAAAAGACAAAAAUAAACAACAGAAAGUUGAGGAAAAUCGACCGCCUCCUAUUUCUAAGGACACGAAAGUUCCACAGUUGCUGUUACAAGCAACACGUUCCAAAAGUACGGCUGGUGAUGUAGACUGUGAAUGUUUUUAUCCUGGCAUUGGGACUCUUCCAGCCGUGGAUUUAUCUGACGAUUUGCCUAAACGUCUAGGUAGCUUGACAUCGAUGUGGACACCGCCGACGUUAGAAGUACCACUAACGCCGUCUUCUUCUGAAUUCAGCCCUACGAAUGAAAACCGGAACAAAGUUGCGUCUGACAGUGUAGGAAACGAUGGUGAUAGCCGUUCUCCUACAAAGUCAAAAGAGGAAAAACAGCACAUGGCAUCAGAGCCGUGCCAUAGCCCUGCGAUAACCGAUAAAGUGAAAGGCCCAGUCGGGCUCCGCGAUCGCAACAUAACUCUCAACGGCAAAUCAAUUGAAAUGGAUGCGGGUAGCAACCAACGCCCAAUCAUUUUGGGUAACGCAUUCGAUUCUCAGAAGCGAGGUGGUGUUUGUGUCCCCAAUUUCCAACAAACAGAAGAUAUGUCUGAUUCAGCAUUUCUUCUUGCCGCGUCUCAGAAGCAAUCAACCUAUAUUGAUUCACAAUAUCUUCCCACGAGAACUUCAAGUCGAAGAAAUUGCCCUCAAGAACGGGUUGAAGUUGGCAUCCGGCAGCCUCGCCCUGAACAGUGUGCUGUUUCGUCUUUCCAGACUGCUGCUAGUGGAAACAGAUCAGCUUCAUGCUUUUCAGAACCAGAGACUUCCUCUACAUUGAUUACUUUACCAGCACGAAAACAAUCCCGGAGACCUGCACCCCUUAUCCUGUCCCCUGAUCACCACAGCGAAAUUUUUCCCGAAACUUGGCCGCCAACACCAGCAACUUCCACCAUGGCCCCAUCUAACAAUGAUUCGUUAUCGGGAUUGUACCCGUCAACCAAGUCCCUCCCAUUGACACCAACUGAAGCAGUUCCACCAAAGGGUGGUGAGAGCAAAGUGCAUCCCAUCGCUGAGUCAAAACCCUCUUCUCUAUGGCCUGCAAGGCUGCAUCUACGCUCAUCACAUGGCAAGAUAACACAAGGCGAUACUAUUAAUGGAAAUGCCUUUGCACAAAUGAGCCUGCCGACAAGUCCGACUACUUUGUUGGAUCCUUCAGCUUUGAAGCAAGAAUCACAACGGCGUGCAAGUGAGGCUCCCCAUAGUUCUUCCUCAAUUCAAACUGGCGAGGUGGUUGCAACAAUCAUAUCUGAGUACGCAAGCCAUACAAAUCGGGCGGAUGAGGGAGGAGUCAGCCCAAAAUCAAACUUAGCGCAUAGAGGCGGGUUUAUCAAUGGCGCAGCGCCUCGCCUCUCUCUGAGCAUCCGAAGCAGCCCGGGGGAUCCUCCCCAAAUCCCACUUCCAGCAAAUCCUCCUAUAUCUGAUAGUCCUCAGUCUUCAUUGACAAAGGUUCGAAGGGAAACAUUUGGCUCCGCGAAACAGAUUGUUCUCAGCGUUCCAGCAAGCAAUGAUGAAACCACGGGGGAAUUCCUAGGUCAGAAGACACCCAAAUCGGCGAAAGGCUGGUAUUCAGUGGCAGCUAGUCCCAGAAGCUCUCAGUCCUCGGAUUGCCCUCGCCGAGAGAGAAGUACCAUACCACACGCCUCCUGGGACACGGUAGAUCUUGGCAUCCCCUCUCGCAGCCUGACUCCAUCUUUACCGUCGUCAGAUGACGAAAAUGGUGUAUAUGCAUACUGUGGCAGUGUAUCGCGGUCUGGCAGGCCCCGAAGACGCUAUCGCCAAGACACCCUGAGUACAACAGUAUCUCCAAUUCAACGAAAGAAAGAUAGAGGUGACCAAGACGGCUGUUUCGUGAAUUCCCGCCCUUCUACUCGGAACUCGUUGGACGAGCGAAGACAAUUAGGCUUCGCCUCUUUUCGGUCUUCGGGUUCAGAGUCCGCUUUGGUCCAGGAGCUGCAAAGCAAGAUUAUCGCUUUAGAACAACAAAAUGAGGUUCUUCGUGCUGCGUUGUCUGCCGCGAUUGAUACGAGUAAGAACCGUUGUAUUGGUGAGAAUGGUGAUGAAGAGCAUUCUUAUCUACCAUAA